AUAUAUAUAUAUUUCUAAAUUGUUCAUCCAAUUAUAAAAAACAUGUGGAUGUCAUCCUCGUUUGCAUAGUGCAGCAGGCGACUGUGCCAGAGCCACAUCAUCUGUGCCUACAAUAAACAUUAGAAAAUUCUUAUCUACCUUUCAAAAGAAAAUUAAAUCUAUAUUUAAAAAUACCUGAAAUAUAAAAGUCUCCCUCUUCACCAGCUUCACUGGUUUGGCUCAAUUGACAGAGAAAAACUUACCUCACGGUUUUUUCGCCCCUCACCCUCAGGCCAAAGAUGGCCUCCAUCAAUAGCCUCGCCACUCCUCAAACUUUCCUCUCCAUCGUCAAGCCCAAACCCAGAUAUUCUCACCAACCAAAACCCUCCACCAAACUUCAAUUUCUUAGCUUCCCCUGUAAUCCUUCAAUAUUAAGAUGUCGUAAAGACUCGAACUUUAUAGUGGGCUCAUUAGCUAACGAGCUAGACGUAAUUCCAGUACAGAGCAAUGACUAUACCGAUCAACCGGAUGUGAUUGUUGUUGGGUUGGUAGAGAUUGAAACAGAAGGGGUCAGUGGAGGAGACAUUGUGAAUCAAGUGGUGAAUGGGUUUGGAAAUGAAGAGAGGUUAUCUUUCGAAGGGGCAACAACAUCUUCUUCAGGGUACACCAGUGGUGGCGGAGGAGGCGGCGGCGGCGGUUUUGGUGGGUCGGGGCCUAAUGGUGAAGCUGGGAAAGAAGGUCAGGAAAUGGACAAGCUGAUUGAUAGUGCUAUUAAUGCUUCUAUUGUUUUAGCUGCUGGGACUUUUGCUAUUACCAAGUUACUUACUAUUGACAGUGAUUACUGGCAUGGAUGGACAAUUUAUGAGAUCUUGCGAUAUGCACCUGAACAUAACUGGAGCGCUUAUGAGGAAGCUCUUAAGACAAAUCCAGUGUUUGCCAAAAUGGUGAUAAGUGGAGUUGUUUAUUCAGUAGGGGAUUGGAUUGCACAGUGCUAUGAAGGCAAACCCAUUUUCGGAUUUGAUCGUGCACGUAUGUUGAGAUCUGGUCUUGUUGGCUUUACCCUUCACGGAUCACUUUCUCAUUACUACUAUCAGUUCUGUGAGGCUCUAUUUCCAUUUGAUGAUUGGUGGGUUGUACCUGCUAAAGUUGCAUUUGAUCAAACAUUUUGGUCUGCUGUUUGGAACAGCAUUUAUUACACAGUUGUAGCAGUGUUGCGUCUUGAAUCUCCUGUCAAUAUCUUUAAUGAGUUGAAGGCAACAUUUUGGCCCAUGUUAACAGAUUCAGUCAAUCCUGCCUGGUUGAGGCCCUUUUGCCUCUUAUGCUUGGUUGAUAUGUAUGUAUGCAACUUUUCAAGCUAGCUCUCACCUUUAUCUCUAGACAUCUGUUGCAAGUUGAAGAACUUUCUAGUGACAGAAUAUUUUCAGUCAGGAUCAGAUGUGGAUUGGUAAAAGAUGAUAUGAUCUAAUGUGCAAAUCUUAAGAGGUUGCUGUUCAUUUUUAUGAAACACAAAUUGAGAUUGUAAUUUUGCAAUAUUUAAUGCCCCCUGAAUUCUAUCUUACAAUGAUUCAGGCAGGCUGGAAGUUGUGGCCAUUUGCUCACCUUAUUACCUAUGGUGUAAUCCCGGUUGAACAAAGGCUUUUGUGGGUUGAUUGCGUGGAGCUCAUCUGGGUGACAAUACUCUCCACGUAAGUACAUUGCAGCACAUAUGAUCAGCAUGUUGAUAAUAUUUCAUGGGGAAUACUAGGAUUGGUUUAUCUCAGAUUGAAUCAUUUGCCAUAUUGACAUGUAUCCUGCCCUUCCUGAUGUCUCUUUCUUCUAGAUAUUCAAAUGAGAAAUCAGAAGCUAGAAUCUCUGAGCUUCCCGUGGAAGAAAAUCCCAAUUCUACUUCAGUAAGUCCUCCAAUGAUCAUGUAGUUGGUGAUGAUUAAACUUUUAAACUCACUGCUAAGUUUGAUCAAUCCGGAGAAUUUACUCUGCUUUCUACUGAAUCUUCGUAGGAGUGACUCAAUACUGAUCUGGAUGUUGGAAAACCAUAUGAAUAAGAGCUGUUCGAUCCCUUGAUUCACUUGAGAGAUGAAAGCCUCGUAUAUCAAGGAUAUGUGGCGGGGGGGUACAUACAUUUAUUUCAUCGGUGUUUUCAAAAUCGAGGGGCAGGGUGAACGUAGUUACUGCACAGUCACCUUCUUCGUCUCUAACAACUGUAUAUUUAGUCCGUCAAUGUAGUCCUUGCUUAUAGUUAUUGUGUGUGUGUAUAUGACAAAUGCUUCCCAUCCCUCAGAAUUUCAAAAAUGUGCCUAGUGAAUACGAUUAGACAUCGCCGUACAUAUAAGCUCUCCAUUGUAUUGAUCUGAAACCUCAGAUAAGUAUUGAGAAUCUAAAGCAGUUUUUUAGAAUUGUAAUCUCUCUUUGUUUGAUCUCCAUCUCUUGCCUCCUGAUUCCUUCAGUUGUAUAUGGUAAGGAAAAAUCUGGAAAAAUUAUGAAUGGAAUUCUUGGAAUGAAAUCAUUCUAGAAACAAAAGAGAAGAUUGGCCCAAAAGGCAACCGUGUUCAUCAAAUAAAACUCGUUAAUCACAGAGAAGAACAGUUGAAGAAUGUACAAAAGUUACAGACGCUACAGCCUCUAAGAUGAAGAAUAGAAUCUUCAACCCAAAAAGAAAAAAGGGAAGAAAACGCCACCAAAGGGUGACAAUUGAGUGAUUGAGAGCAAAAAAAUGGUCCCCAAGACUAAUCUUUUUUCUAAAGGGCAAAUGGGCCGGCCGGCUGAAUAUUCCGUUCACUCGGUAGACAUAACGCGUAGCCGGCUGGGAGUCGGCCGGAAAUCCAACCACCGCAAAGUCGGCCGCUUGACCGGCGGCGUCAAAGCCCUCCUCAGGAUCUCCUUCUUAGCUUGCUUUCUUCUGAAUCUCUCCUGACUUGGUGGCGGUGUUACUAAUCGCCCAUCUGAAUUCCAACCGCCUCUACCUAACUUUGACUUGUUAUUGUAACGAACAUGAUCCAAACCGGAACUUGAAGAACUCGAACCGGAAGACGAAGAAGAUGCCAAUUCCACCACAUAGCUAUUAUUAUUAUUAUUAUUCCAUGGUUCACGCUGCAGAACCGGAAGCCUUUCUGUAGAAACUGAAACUGUCAUCUCCAUAGCAGCAGCAUCACUGAUCUCUACCAUUUUUUUUUUCCCCCAAAGUUUGAUCUAUUCUAUUGUGGUCUUGAUCUUUCUCUUCUUUUGAUGACUCUUUUGAUUUAUGGGUUCUUUUGGUUUUUCAUUUUUUUGGGUUUUAUAGGGUUCAAAAUGUCGUGUUGACUUUUUCCAUGGUUAAGGAGGCAGAGGUUUCCUAAGGCAGCUGGUUUUGGUUAGUUUGGUUCGGUGUAUUAUGGUUGUUUUGAGGAUUUCAGGGUUGGCGCAAUUUUCAUUUCUAUUUCUUUGGUUUUAUUACACGUUCUCAGUGUUUC